AUGCCUGCUGCUUCUGAUGUUGAAAAUGCUGGCGACUACUUCGAGGUGAAGCAAGGGUCCUCUGAGUUGAGGAAGCUGGCUUUCACGGUCGAAGAUGCGAGCUACAGCUGUCCGGAUGGCCCUUCGUCGAGCCUUGGGGAGACGGGCAGAACGAGCUGUUGGAAAGGGGGCGCAGGGGAAAACGGCUGGGUGCUUCUGAGGCUGCAUGAAAAGGCGUUGCUAUCGUUUUUGAGGGUCCGCAACCGAUCCUCUUCGGAGAUCUCCAUAUCGAUCUCCGUCCGGGGGAAACGACGGAGAGACUUCGUUGAGGUGAAGCGAGGGGUGGGACUGGCGCACGGCACCCGUACGGACGUGAAGGUCGGGCACCUUCCCUGCGUCUACGUUCGGGUCGAGUGCCGCCGAAGGAAGACGGGUUCCGGCGGCGUAUCCUUAUACGAGCUUGUACCGGUGGGAAUCCCAGCCAGGUGCGUGGGGCUUUUCAUGGGACCGUGCAUGGAAGACCUGACGUACAAGAGCACGGAACGCCUCUUGUUCGGCCCAUCGCUGAGGACGAGCCACGCCCCGGUCUGCCACCGCGCCGCGCUAGAGCGACUGAUACUGCCGCCGUCCUUCCUCCGGCCCGCGGGGGGCGCCGUGAAUCCCUACGACCCCGACCCCGUCCGAAAGGGCCCCGCCAGCACCGGCGCCGGCGUUGCGCACGCACUGUUGCAUACUCACCGGUUGCUGUCGCCGACACCGUCGCCGCGGUUAGCGCCAGGAGGGGAAGGACUCCGUGGUCCUCAUUUCCCGCCUUUUCCGGAUGCCGCGACAGCCGCCGCCGCCGCUGCCGGUGCUACUUCUGGGGUACAUUUUUUUCGCGGCGAGAGAAAAGACGAGCUGCCGAUUGAUGUCGGGCGGAGGCAAGGCCGUGGGGCUGUGGUCUCGUUUGAGCAGGAUUACUCUCCUGCUUCGCACCCGUAUCCCCCCCGCGGGGAAGAAGACAGCGGCGGCGGCGGCGGCAGCAGUAGCGCCGGAGUCGGCCGGAGAGUUGGCGUACCCCUCCCCUACCAGGGGAUGACAGCACGGGCCUCCCAUCAUCCCUUUCGACACCUUACCCAUGGCCCGGUUGCCAACGCUGCCGGUGUUGCUGGCACUCCUGCUGAUCGCAACGCUGAUCCCGGGAGGGAAAAUGCAACUGAAGGGCGAUUGGCCGCUCCUCGGCUAGAGCAGCAGCCCAUGCCCCGACAUUCGUACAGCAGUAGCGGUAACGGGGGAGGUCAUUUCUUUGGGGCGAGGACGGGCGCCGGUGAUCGACGACCAUCGGGUGGUUCCGUCGCAUCCGCGCGUCCUUUUCCGGUGCAUCGGUGGGGCGUCGAAGGAAGGGACGAAGGCGGAGCGGGUGUAGAUAGUAGUGGCAAUCUCGACGGCUUGAGAAGACAAAAGAGCAUCGGGAAUGAAGAGAGGCGGAAAGAUAGCUUUGGUCCUGGUUUUGGCUACGACGAAGCGAGGACGGGAGGGAGGAACAGCAGUCCCUACCCUCUCGGCAGUCAUUCGGAGGAGGAGGAGGAGGAGGAGGAGGAGGAGGAGGAGGGAGACAGCUUGUCAGACUACGCAGGGUAUUUAAGGGGGAACCACAGCAGGGACAAUGCUCGGGUUUCUUCGGGUGGUAGCGAACGGGGUGGUGUCCAGAGUGGACCGCAUCGCCAUGCAGCCGUGGCUUAG